AUGACACAAAUGAAAGUCCUCAUCAGCGGCGGUGGCAUAGCCGGAAAUGCUCUAGCAUUUUGGCUCGGCAAGCUAGGCCACGAUGUUACAAUCGUCGAAUGGUUUCCCACCCUACGAACCACAGGGCUCCAGAUCGACCUACGCGGCCACGGCGUCGAAGUCUUGAAGCGAAUGGGUCUCGAGCAGGCCUUCCGUUCAAAGAGUGUCCCAGAACAGGGCUCAGAGAUAGUAAACAGCGCAGGGGUGCGACAGGCUUUAUUCCCAGCCAACAGGUCGGGCAAGGGGCUACAGAAUUUCACUACCGACUGGGAAAUCAUGAGGGGUGAUUUAUGCCAGCUUUUAUACGAGGAGUGCAAGGAUCAUACGAAAUACAUCUUCGGCACGUCUAUCCAAAGUUUCGAGGAGAAGGGUAACAGCAUCGAAAUUAGAUUUACGAACGGUAAAACGGACCGAUUCGAUCUCCUAGUCGGCGCCGACGGCAUCGGGUCGAAGACGCGCAAGAUGAUGGUCGGCCCAGACGCGGACGACGGGUUUCGCCCUCUGCGCAACAUCUACAUCGCGUACUUCACCAUCCCCCGACCGAUCUCGGCCGGCGAGGAGUACCUCGCCACCAUGUACAUCGCCCCGGGCGGACGCGCCGUCAUGCUUCGAAGACACAGCCCGGAUCAGAUGCAGGUCUACCUCAUGUGCAAGAACGACUCCAAGCGACUCAAGAACUCGCGUCGGGGCGACACUAGGGAGGAGCGCGCCGCGCUAACGGAUAUCUUCCGUGGCGCAGGAUGGGUGACGGAGCAGGUUCUUGUGGAUAUGGAUCGGAGCGACGAUUUCUACCUCGAGCACAUGGGCCUUGUUAAGCUGGACGCUUGGUCGAGUGGCUCCGUGACGCUCCUUGGUGAUGCGGCGUACUGUCCUUCGGCGAACACGGGGAUGGGAACGUCUUCUGCUAUUGUGGGCGCGUAUGUUCUCGCUGGCGAGAUUGGGAGACAUUGUAAAGAGGGUGUCGAUGUCAAGGAAGGCCUGGCGGUCGCGCUUAAAGCGUAUGAGCAGACGUUUCGGCCCUUCGUGGAUCAGGUGCAGAAGGGGUUGUCGGAGGAUUCGGGCGCUUGGGCGAAUCUGAUGCCGACGACGGCGUUUGGGAUUCGCGUUAUGUGUUUUGUUGUCUGGGUGAUGGCACUCUUUAGGAUGAAUGUUAUUGGGCGGUGGUUACUUAGGGAGGAUGUUAAGUGGAAUCUCCCCGAGUACAAGGAGAUCCUGCGGAAGUAG